UUAAAUUUCGUAAUACGUUAUCCUUAUUACAUUUUUUACGUACUUUGUUUGAAUAUCUGAAUUAAAGAAAGGAAUAACAUCAUUUGUGUAUAUAUCACUAUUUAAUUUUUGUUGUUCACAACAUUAUAUAAUUGACUAGGUGUUUUAUUUGUGUGUGGAACGAUUGAAAAUUACGAACAAGUGCCCUAUCAUGUCUGGUCGAGAUAUUUAUUAUUCUGAUAAAUAUUACGAUGAAGAACACGAAUACAGGCAUGUAGUGUUAUCAAAGGAUAUGGUUAAACUGGUGCCCAAGAACCAUCUGAUGUCUGAGAAAGAAUGGCGCAGUAUCGGGGUUCAACAAAGUCAGGGUUGGGUGCACUAUAUGACCCAUCAACCUGAGCCACAUAUUCUACUGUUUCGACGUAAAAAGACUACAGAACCAGAAAAAAAGUAAGCUGGUGGUUUAUGAUUGUGCUGGGGUAUUAUAUGAAAACUAGAUCUUACAUUAUAUUCAUAGUGACUUAGUUUUAGUUUUAUUUUUAAUUUGACUAAUGGCAGCCCAGAGUUAUAAAUCCAUAUUAUUAUUUUUAUUUGACAUUGAAUUUAUUAUACUCAAUUAUUUGUCUGUCUCUUAGGCAUCCAUGUUUAUAUAAUAAAAUUGCGAUUUUAAUUUUUACUCUUGUUAUGUCCAAUUGUUAAUUAAAUGAAGUAAUAAACUGCAUUCACACUAAAAUUAAAUAUUUUCUGAAACAGACUCGUAAAUUCUUGCUUUGAAGUUAUUAAUUUUUCUAAUUAUCUAGUAAAAGCAGUAAAUAAAUUCAGAA